AUGCGCACGCCUUCUACCAACCGCUCGUCAGGCACAAAACCCUUUGCCGAUGCCAGCGCCAUCGGGAGCAGCCCGGGUAACGUCAAUGGCGGCACAGAGAAGUUCCCCGACUUCGAUACAGGGCAUGCCUUUGGCACCCCGAACGGGCGGGAGCCAAGCCCUCGUUGGCAGCAGAAUGGUGCCACAAACCCCAACGAACACCCAGAUCGCUGGCAUCCGAGGAGAGAAAGUCGCGUUAGGUGGGCUCCAAGAGAUCCUCCACCACGCUCGUUCGGCCAUGGGAAGCAGAAGAGCAUAAGUCACGCCAUCCGCCAGAUUCGCUCGGGAAGUAUGAGCCAGAAUGCCCAUGAGAUCGCGGAUGCGCUUCGUGCGCCCGUCUCGUACAAGCUUAUUACGCUUUGCGUCAUGUGGUACUGGUCGUCUGCCCUGACCAACACCUCGUCCAAGUCCAUCCUCACGGCCUUUGACAAGCCCGCCACGUUGACGCUAGUGCAAUUCGGCUUCGUCUCGUCCUACUGCAUAUUGUUCUCCGUCCUAGCCUCGACCUUCCCGAGACUACGGAAUGCUAUCCCAGCCCUCAAGAAUCCCAUCCGCGCCCCCUCGCGAGAUGUCAUCGUUACCACGCUUCCCCUAGCGGCCUUUCAGAUCGCAGGCCAUCUCCUCAGCUCGACGGCCACCUCCAAAAUCCCAGUCUCCCUCGUCCACACGAUAAAGGGGCUGUCUCCACUGUUUACUGUCCUCGCCUACCGAUUUAUCUUUGAUAUUCAGUAUCCUAGGGCCACUUAUCUAUCCCUAGUCCCCCUCACUGCUGGCGUCAUGUUGGCUUGCUCGGGAAAGCACAGCUUUGAGGGCGAGUACCUGGGAAUCUUCUCCGCCCUGCUCGCGACCAUGAUCUUUGUGACGCAGAACAUAUUCUCCAAGCGGCUCUUCAACGAAGCCGCCCGCGCUGAGGAGAUGGGGCUCGGCGCGCAGUCCCGCAAGCUGGACAAGCUCAACCUACUCUGCUACUCGUCCGGCAUGGCCUUUAUCAUCACGGGCCCCAUCUGGCUCUGGAGCGAGGGCAUUGGCAUCAUCGGCGACUUUCUGUGGGACGGCUCGCUGGACCUGGCCGUGAGCCCCAACUCGUUCGACCACGGCCGGCUCACGCUCGAGUUCAUCUUCAACGGCACCUUCCACUUUGCCCAGAACAUCCUGGCGUUUGUGCUGCUGUCCAUGGUGUCGCCCGUGACGUACUCAGUGGCCAGCCUCAUCAAGCGCGUCUUUGUCAUCAUCAUCGCCAUCAUCUGGUUCCGCAGCCCGACCACCAACGUGCAGGGCGCCGGCAUCACCCUAACCUUCCUCGGCCUGUAUCUCUACGAUAGGAGUAACAUGAAGAACAAGGCCGACCAGCGGGCCCGCUCCAUGACGGAGAGCAAGCUCGACCAGUCCAUCCUACCCAUCCUGCCGCUGCACGUGCCGAAACAGCCGGGGGCGGCCAUGUCGCAGCUCGCCCCGGGCAGUAGCACCAUCAGCCAGACCAUCUUCGAGAGCCCCAUCGCCGUUGACGCGCCGCCGCCGCCACCGCUCGGCAGCGGCGGCUACACCAAUGGCCACUCGGCGUCCAACAGCCUCGCGAACGACGCCAAGAAGUCGGACGACCUCGGGCGCGGCCGCAUCAGGGGUACCAGUAACGCCAGCUGGCUUCCGCCGGGGACGCGGCAGGAAGACACGUGGCGCCUUGGGGACGGCGGCAUGGUGGUUGCGAGGUAG